GGAGUGAAGGGGAGGGGGGGGCUCCAAGUGCCUCGCGCCCCCGCCCUGCGGGUGUGUGGAGCGGGGCGUGUGUGUGUGUAUGUGUGUGUGUGUGUGUGUGUGUCUGUCCGUGUGUGUAUACACUCCUUCGGGGUGGGGGGGCUGGAGGGUCCGUCGGUCCGCCCAGCGCCCCGAGUGCGCGCGCUCUCUCGAGCUCUACUUCCCCUCAUCCUAUUUCCCUCCCUCCCCCCCACCCCUCUGCCUCCCUGCCUCCCUCCCGGCAAAAGGCACGCGCCGCCCCCUUCCGAGCAGCUUUCUGACUCUCGCGCCGCCGCUGCCGCCGCCGCUGCUGCUGCUGCAGCCGCUGGAGCCGGAAAGUUCGGGAGCCUUGAGGAGGAGGAAUAGGACAGAAGGAGGAGGAGAGAGAGGGUAGAAUGGAAGAAUCUCACUUCAAUUCUUCCCCGUACUUCUGGCCAGCAGUUCCCACAGUCUCAGGACAGAUAGAAAACACGAUGUUCAUCAACAAGAUGAAGGAUCAGCUGCUACCAGAGAAAGGCUGUGGUCUGGCUCCACCUCACUAUCCAACCCUGCUAACGGUGCCUGCCUCAGUACCCCUGCCAUCAGGCAUCAGCAUGGAUGCCGAUACCAAGCCAGAUCAACUGACACCACAUAGCCAGGCUUCAGUCACUCAGAACAUCACUGUGGUGCCUGUGCCAUCCACGGGACUGAUGACUGCUGGUCCAGGCUUGGUGAUCACAUCCCCCUCAGGCUCUCUAGUGACUACAGCCUCCUCAGCUCAGACCUUCCCCAUCUCAGCUCCCAUGAUUGUGUCAGCCCUUCCCCCUGGCUCCCAAGCCCUGCAGGUGGUCCCUGACCUCUCCAAGAAGGUGGCAUCAGCUCUGGCAGAAGAAGGGGGCGGGGGAGGUGGGGGUGGUGGGGGUGGUGGCACUGUGGCUUCCAAGCCUCCCCGGGGCCGAAAGAAGAAGAGGAUGCAGGAAUCAGGGCUGCCUGAGAUGAAUGACCCUUAUGUGCUCUCCCCUGAGGAUGACGAAGACCAUCAGAAGGAUGGCAAGACCUACAGGAGCCAGGGAAACUGCGGCACAGGAAAUGGACAGAGCCCUGGGCUCAUGGAUUCAGGCUCCACCACCAACUUGCUGUGUGACCCUGGGUGCCGGAUGUGUUCGCUGACCUUCUAUUCCAAGUCGGAGAUGCAAAUCCACUCCAAGUCACACACAGAGACCAAGCCCCACAAGUGCCCGCACUGUUCCAAGACCUUCGCCAACAGUUCCUACUUGGCACAGCACAUCCGUAUUCAUUCAGGGGCCAAGCCCUACACCUGUUCCUACUGCCAGAAGGCCUUCCGCCAGCUCUCUCACCUCCAGCAGCACACACGGAUCCACUCCAAGCUGCACACGGAGACUGUCAAGCCCCACAAGUGCCCGCACUGCUCCAAGACCUUCGCCAACAGCUCCUACCUGGCCCAGCACCUCCGUAUCCAUUCGGGGGCCAAGCCUUACACCUGUUCCUACUGCCAGAAGGCCUUCCGCCAGCUCUCCCACCUUCAGCAGCACACACGAAUCCAUACUGGAGAUAGACCAUACAAAUGUGCACACCCGGGAUGUGAAAAAGCCUUUACUCAACUCUCCAACUUGCAGUCCCAUAGACGGCAGCACAACAAAGACAAACCCUUCAAGUGCCACAACUGUCAUCGAGCAUAUACAGAUGCAGCCUCAUUAGAGGUACACCUGUCCACACAUACAGUGAAGCAUGCUAAAGUGUAUACCUGUUCAAUCUGCAGUCGUGCAUACACAUCGGAGACAUAUCUGAUGAAACACAUGCGAAAACACAAUGCUCCAGAUCUCCAGCAGCAGCAGGUAUCAGCAGUAUCAGCAGCAGCUGCAGCAGCAGCAGCAGUGGCCCAAGCUCAGGCUCAGGCUCAAGCUUCCCAGGCCUCACAGCAGCAGCAGCAGCAACAACAACAACAACAGCAGCAGCAGCAGCAGCACUUCCAGCCCCCUGGGGCAGCCCCCCAAGGUGGGGGUGGUGGGGACAGCAAUCCUAAUCCCCCACCCCAGUGUUCCUUUGACCUGACCUCCUACAAGACAGCUGAGCACCAUAAGGACAUUUGCCUCACAGUUACCACCAGCACCAUCCAGGUGGAGCACCUGGCCAGCUCCUAGAGACUUGAUUCCUUCUGACUGAGGGAAGAGAAGAGGUCCCAUCUCUGUCCCCCCAACCUGCACCCCUAUUACCACUCCCGUUCUCCCCUGGCAAGUGGCAGGAGUUGGCUCCACUUUCUUGGGCCUUUGGCUUCAGCUUCCCUCAAAGGACACCACUGUGCUCCUAGCUCUUUGCUCAAAGAGCAACAACUCUUUGGAUCUGAAAAGGAACUCUGAGUUGCUGAGUGGGGCCCAACUGUAUUCCCUACAAUCAUAUGGUGAAAGGGCUAUGAAAGUUGUAGCGGGGAAGGGGGUGGUGAGUAUUUAAGGAAGAGGCCUUCUUAUGGCCUCCUUGAAAUAUGCCAAACCUGAGAUCUUCCUCCAUAUACCUCCCACUUCAAAAGUUGGGUUAAUUCCCAGCAAAAAGGGAAAGACCAAGAGGUUGACCUCUUCAAGCUACUGGAAAGGAGGGAACCCUAGACCCAGCCCCUUGCCCUGUUUUCACAUACAGAAGGACAAGUUCAUUUUGUUCUCUAAUUUGGCCUCUGCUUUUGCUCUGCCUCAACAGGAGGGAGAUUUGUACGGGAGGGUAGGGGGCUGGAGUUAAGACCUCCUGGUAUGAAUCUCUGGAUUACUAAGAGACAGAGGCUGUGGUCCCCAAGGGGCCAAAGAUUCCCCAUAUGGUUUAAAAAAAAAAGGGGAGGAGUUUUCCUUGGAGUAUUGGUCCCUUUCCUUCCCCUUCCUCAGUCUUUCUUUGGUCCCCCAACCAAUCCUUUCCCCUCAUGGCCAAAGCCUUGCUUUCAGAGGCUUUCCCAUCCUUUAGCCUUGGGAGCCAGCUAGCCCCAAGGAGUUUCAGGACAUUUGUGUUCUUUAUGAAACCCGAAGCAAAGGGGACUAUAGAAAAGGGAGAGUUUGGACUGGACUUAGAUCCCUGAGGUAUUGGGGCCAUUUGAAUGGGACAUGGAUUUAUAUAUAAAUAUAUAUAUAUAAAUAUAUAUAUAUAUACACCCACUUACCACGGCCAUCUUUGUAACCGUUUCUUUGUUGUUUAUAAAUGCAUUAUCUCUGAGAA